AUGUCAGAUGAUGUCCGAUCAGCCACGACAACGCCUUCAAGUCGAUAUCGCUUGAAGACACACGAGUUGGCGCCUGUACUGCUACCCAGGCCUCGCGCAGUCUCUUUACCUUCUUCACUUGCCCUUGCAGAACGAAAGGAGUUCAAUGCCGUUCCACCUACUGGACUACGCGGAUCAAUUAUUAGAGGAAACCCUCCUUAUCGAGGUCGUGCGGUGCACGAGUCCGUCGCUUUUGACCCUUUCAGUCGGUCCGAAAGCUUCAAUUUGCUGCUACAGAACCCGGAGACUAGUAACAAACAACGAGAAAACCCGAGAGUUGUGGCAGGUUUCCGGCAGUGGCUAUCACAGCAUUUUCAACAACUCCUAAACACGUUCCAAGCCCUGGGUAUGAUCAAUACAGAGACAGCGAACGAGGAUGCCCUCAUUAUCGACAGAAUUGAUGAAAACGACGAGAAUAACUGUACAGAAGACGAAAAUGCUGAGUGUGAGGAGCCCUGGAGACUUAUCUUCCGAUACUCCACUGUGCUGUCAGCAACGCCAGGCGAGACGAUCGUGGUUCAGAGUACGACACGUACUGAAAACGUGUAUUUCCUUCUCAAUGGCCAUUGUGAUCUCUCGCUCCGACCAGUCCUUCUACGAGAGUCGUCUACUUCAUCAACUCUGCCGAAGAUACCCACUGGAAUGCCUGAUUUUAGAGAUGGUCCACUUCUACAUCUACGAGAGCUUACAGCAGGCGAUUGCUUCGGUCUUGAUGCUGCAGCGUUCGGAUUUGACUACCAGCUCUCAACCGCGACAGUGGGCAAUGCACGACAGCGCAAUCUCCUUGGACUUCGUGAAAAUGCUCUUACGCACGUCCUGUGCUUGCCGUACCACGUCAUUCAGCAGCUUCAGCGUCGACAUAUCACACGUUUACCAACGUUCCCGAUCUCCUUUACACCAGAAGCAGAAAUCUUCCUACGCAACACUUUUCUCUUCCGAUCUAUGGCCGAUUCCUCUCGACGCUUUCUAGCUGCUCAUUUACACCCUGUUACUAUCGAACAAGAAGAAUAUCUCUUCACACCUGGCCAACCUGUACGAGUUUUUAUCGUGGUCUCUGGCCAACUAACUCUAGGAUCUCUACGCAAUGGAAUAAAUCAAGAAGCAGAUUUAGAACUAGAACUACUACAGACUCAUGAUUCAGUUGGGGUAUCGGAGACCUUGUGCCUGGCAACCUCAUUUGAACGAUAUUGUGCCGUAACAUCAGCAAAUGGUGCACGAGCGUACACGUUGCCCUCGACAGUGUUGCUUAUGGUUCUGGCCCAGGAAUCUGCGUCAUUGAAGUUGUUUCAGGAGUGGAUAGCACAGCGGCAGGCUUGGUUCGAGCUGCGGAGAGCCACUGCAUUAGCUCAACGCAAGAAGUUCACUGAAGGCUCCGAGCAUGUCGACACGUCUCCACUUCAUCAUCUUGUGUUUGCCUUGAUAUCCCAGUUUGCGAUGCAGCACCUGAACUGA